UAAUUUCGUUAAUAUCGAACAUUAAAAUCCAUCUAUUUAUUGUUGCAUCAUUAGUACUGUUAAUUCUAUAAUGUUACGUUCAUGGUUGUGUACGGAAUUUAUGCGCAUCGGUCCCCGUCGUCUGUUCAUGCCACCACACACCUGCAAUUCUCAUUUCUUUUACCAUGGCUGAAGACGGGGAAUAUAAUUUCUCUUUGACGACUUUCAGUCCUAGUGGGAAGCUUGUACAGAUCGAAAAUGCUCUGGCUGCUGUGUCUAAGGGCGCGCCUACUCUGGGCAUUAAAUCAAAGAAUGGUGUCGUGAUUGCUUCGGAGCGUGCAACCCUUUCCCCUCUUGUUGAGUCUGACUCUAUAAACAAGAUUGAUUAUUUCACUCGCAACAUCGGUGUAGUGGCCGCUGGUAUGCCAGCAGACUUUAGGAUAGUUCUAAAGAAGGGGCGUAAGCAGGCCAUAAAAUACAAAUUGCUGUAUGGUGAUGACAUUCCUGGAGCUGAGCUGGUAAAGGAGGUUGCCAGUAUUAUGCAGGAGUACACCCAUUCUGGUGGUGUGCGUCCUUUUGGAAUAUCUCUUCUUCUUGCAUCAUACGAUUCGGAUGGUCCACAGUUAUACCAAAUUGAUCCAUCGGGUGCCUAUUUUGGCUGGCGUGCAACUGCAAUCGGUGAUCGUAUGCAAAACAACAUGACAUUCCUGGAGAAGCGUUACAACCCUGAUUUGGAACUUGAGGAUGCCAUUCACAUCGCUAUAUUGACGUUGAAGGAGGGUUUCGAGGGUGAGAUGACAACAGAUAACAUAGAAAUAGGCAUUGUGGGUUCAGAUGGAAUCUUCAAGAUUCUAUCAAAAGACAUUGUAAACGACUAUCUCAACGAGCUGCUAUAAUUAUUUAACUAAUUCAAUAUAUGUUAUGGCAACUGUGUUA